AUGUGCCGCCACCCCCCUCCAAUCCGUAAUUCCGUAAAAUCGCGUGAAAAGCGCCCUCUAAUCGAGCUGGGGAGCGGCCCCCAGCCGCCUGGGAGCGUGCCCCAGCUAGCGGGAGCGUUAGACGAGGACGAGUACCAGUACACGGUCGAGCUGGUCCUCGCCAAGAGGGAGGCUCGCGUGGCGCGCAAGGGCAUCGUUGUGCAAUAUGCAGUCAAGUGGGACGAGUGGGACCAAACUCCGGACAUGACGUGGGAGCCGCCCGAGAACCUGUCCAACGCGAAGGAGGAGGUGGUCAAGUUUGAGCGGCGGGUGGCGGCGAUGCCUUCUCGCGACGCCUUCUCCGGGCCAACAGCUUCGCCUGCGUGCUGCUAUGCGACAUGCUGCAAGGUGGCGGACCGCGCCGAUGUCGAGACCAGCCAGUGCUUCGUGUGCGCAAAGAUGGUGCACCCGGCCUGCGCGACGCAGCACCUCUUCCUCGAGCCCUUCAUCCAGAAGCUCGACUCCGCCAACAUCUGCUUUGAUUGCGCGCUUCUGGUUGCCAUGGUGGAGAAGCGGACGCCGUUUGGCAUCGCUGGUGCGCGACUGAUGUUCGAGCCGUACUACCUCCAACUGCGCGGCGUUGCCGCGCUCACCGAGCCCUCGCCGUUCGCCCUCGGCGCCUUCAUCGCCACCGGCUCGCUCAAGCUUUUAGAGGCCGCGACUACCACCGCGCGGUCGGCCACAGCCGGCGCCAAGUGCGCCAAGUGCAAGUCGGCUGCAGGCGAACUUCGCGCUUGCUCGUUUUGCAAGGCCGGCAUCUACCACGACACGCCUGCGUGCCUUGGGGAGCAGCGAGGGCCGGAGCCGUCCUUCAAGCACAAGAGCUUCCCCUGGUGCUGCCCAAAGUGCUUCAUCGGGGAUGGCUGGCGGCCGGGGGCGCAGACCCACACGGCCACACCGUCAUACUCGGUGUGGGUCGGUCCAACAGAUUGA